UGUUUAGGUUGUACCAUUCAGUGCACCAUGAAGCUGUUCUUGACUAUUUUGGCUUGUUUGGCCCUUACUCAGGCGGCCGAGAUCCGCUAUGAGGAAAUCGUGUCCGUUCGCGAUGCCCAGAUGCGUCAGAAGGAUACCCGUAUCGUCAACGGACAUCCUGCGCCAGCUGGACGUUUCCCGUAUCAGGUCCAUCUGACUGGUUUCACUAAUGCUGGAGCUCUGAGCUGCGGUGGUUCAGUAAUCUCGUCUACCUGGGUUCUGACUGCUGCUCACUGUCAAGUCAAUGUCAACAGCUUCAACAUCAUCCUGGGAUCGCACCCUGCGAUGCCCCGUACCAGACCCGUACCUCAGCCCAGAUCGUCAUCCCACCCCAACUACAACCCGAACAACUUGAACAACGACAUCGGUCUGAUCCGUAUGGGAACUCCAGUUACUCUGGGAGGAAACAUCCAUGCCGUCCGCAUUCCUCAUCACGGAACUAGCACACCAUUCCCGGAUCUCGUGCCACCGUUUCCGGAUGGGGCCUCACCUGCCAGGGAACUGGCUGCGUGAUCCCGAACGAAAUGCGAUGGGUUGACAUGAGCAUCAUCUCGAACGCCAGUGC